UGUUUGAGUACUCUUCUAUAGACUCAAUCUUUCUCUACUUUCUUAAGUGCUUAAUUAGUGUCCUAAUAAACCAUAAUGGCCGGACUAAACUCAUCAAGGAAGCUACCACCUCCAUCAGUGGGAAAGUUACUCACUGUCCUCAGCAUUGAUGGAGGUGGCAUAAAAGGACUCAUUCCUGCGGUUGUUCUUCACUUCCUUGAGGGAGAGCUUAAGAAACUUGAUGGAGAGCAGGCAAGAAUUGCAGACUAUUUUGAUGUGAUUGCAGGAACAAGCACUGGUGGUCUUAUUGCAGCAAUGUUGGGUGCUCCAGAUGACAAUGCAAACAACCCUCGUCCAAAAUAUAAUACUGAUGAUAUUAAAAAUUUUUAUAAGAAUGAUGGUCCCAUAAUUUUCACUCCUCCUGAAAAGCCUCAUGAUUACACCACUCCUGGGCCAAUAUAUGAUGGAACAGCUUUACACGAUAUUGUGAACGAAGGAUUAGGGUCAACUCGAUUAGUCCAAGCGUGGACCAAUCUUGUGAUCCCAACCUUCGAUAUAUUACGACUUCGUCCUGUUAUUUUCUCAAAGUUUAAGGCUCAAGAAGAUGAAUUCAAAUACUUGAAUGGACUGCUGUCAGAUAUAAGCAUAUCAACUUCAGCUGCACCUGUUUAUCUCCCAGCACAUUGUUUUACCUCUGAAGAUGGUAACACAGAAUUCAAUAUGAUUGACGGUGGUGCAGCUGCCGGUAGUCCGGUAUUGGUGGCUCUGAGUGAAUUAGGACAAGAGAAGAUGAAGCAUCCAGAGUUAUACCCAAUGAUGGACAGAGCAGACGACUGCUCCAAUAUUCUACUGCUGUCUCUGGGUUGUGGAGUUCAACCACCGGCAGCUGCGCCGGGAUGGAUCGUUGAUGCAAUAAAUCAAUGGAAUCAAAUAGCAUGGAUGGCUGACAUUGAUUUUUCAACGAAUCCACCUACAUUAAAAAGACUCCCUGCAUUGGAAAUUACCGGUGCUGCAACAACAGACGUAGUGGAGUAUUAUGCUUAUAGUCUCUUUAAAGCUCAUCACGCUGAGCGCAAUUACCUUCGAGUUCAGACGGAUGCUCUGACCCCAGAUAUGGAUAAGAUGGACAAUGCAGACCCGGAUAAUUUGAAGAAUCUGGAAGAUAUUGCGAAAAAGAUGAUAGAUGAAAACGUUAAAAAGAUCAAUCCAGUAACUUUUCAACUCGAACCCAUCGAUAAUACUACUACGUAUCAACAGGAGCUUAUACGCUAUGCUAAGCUUCUGUCCGAAGAGAGGAAGGGUCGAAUCGCUAAAUUGGGAUCCAAGAAAUAUUAGUGUUGAAUUCAUUGAAUUACUGUCGCAGCAUCGCCAAUAAUAAGGUGGAAACUCAAAUGCAGUUAAUUUCACGUAAAAUUGAUAACUGAUAGCCGUUAAAUAAAAAUUUAGUCAAAUUCAAAUCAUUUAACAGCUCUCACUUGUCAACUUCACCGUAAAAUUGACUGUACCUAAGUUUUCACCCAAUAAUAAUCAUCAUCGUGUUGUUUGAAUUAUAUUUCCUUUCAAUUUGUGUGUGCAUGCAGUUAGAUAUAUAUGCCUUCCCUAUGUAAAAGAGUAUAAGGGUAUAAGGUCAAGAAUAAAUAACCAACGGGAUUUGGGUUUCUACAACUCGUUCCCGUUGGGUAAUGGGUCUUGUAUGUGUGCUAUAUAUAAUAAUUAAUCCUUCUAUGUGUUGUAAUCAUCUUUGUGCUUUGUUUUCAAUUAAUGAAUAAUGUUGCU